AUGGUCUGCGGCGAGCAGCCGUGCCCUGAGAAACCGUUAUCUGGUCCUCGUGCAGAUGUGUUACAUGCUGCUCAUAUUGCCGGGGAGGUGGCAGUGAAGUUGCUGCGACCGGGAAACACAAAUUCGCAAGUCACUAAGGCAAUUGAGAAGGUUGCUCACGACUUUAACGUGAAUGCUUGCUCUGGUGUGCUGUCACACCGCAUGAAGCGGUUCGUUGUAGAUGGAAACAAGGUCAUUUUGCUGCGUGAAGACACCGAUCAGAAAGUUGAGGAUUCUUCUUUUGAACUUAAUGAGGUAUACUCGAUCGACAUCGCCAUGUCAACAGGUGAUGGCAAGCCAAAAGAGAUGGAGUCUCGGACCACCAUUUUCAAACGGUCUGUUGAUAAGAAUUAUAUGCUUAAGAUGCGCUCCAGUCGAACUCUUUUCAAUGAGAUAAAUGCGAAAUUCCCUGCGCUGCCCUUUGGGUUGCGUUCUCUAGAUGAUGAGCGCCAGGCUCGCAUGGGUAUAGUGGAGUGCCUCAAGCAUGAAUUGGUCCACCCUUAUCCCGUUCUUUUUGAAAAGAAAGGUGAUCAUGUGGCCCACUUCAAAUUCACCGUGCUGAUCCUACCCAGUGGCCCUACUCGCAUUUCGGGCCUGAAGCCAUUUGAACUUGGUGCUGUCAAAACUGAAAAGCGACUUUCAGAUGAGAUUAGUGCCAUCAUGUCCCUUGCAUCAAAGAAAAAGAAAAAGAAGAAGAGCAAUGCAGCAUUGAAGGCAACCUCCUGCUGAUGAGAAUCGCCGUUUUGAUGGUUUUAAGCCAGUUGCUUGGUCGCUACCGAAAUAACGACGCCAAUUAAGACUAUCAGAAAGCCGCCGGCCUGGUCGUCCGAGCGGAGCGUCUCGCCUGGCUUACUUUGACGCUGCGACCCAGAGCCGGCUUUAGGUGGUGUACGGUGAGGAACGAGGCGGCACGUGAGAAACCACCUCCAUAGACACCCCUACUAGGAUGCUAAUGAGAUAGUAGUAACUUGAAAGGGAUUUUGUAUACGCUUUUUCUCCACCCCCCUCACGGAGAUACUGAGUACAUAUCUUCCUUUAUUUAUUUAUUUAUUUAUUUAUUUAUGGGUAGCUAUCAAUAUAGGAGGGGCUUAAGCACCAAAAAUCAAUAUAGACAGGCGUUAGUAAAGGGUAAAUUUUAAUAUGGGGAAGCCUUAAUUAAGCCAAAAUAUGUCAAUAUUUUGCAGACACCCCCUAUUUCGAGCCCGCGUGCGCGCAUAAGCCCAAUUUGAUAAGUAGCCAUAUGGCGAUCUCAUAGGAUGUCGGUCGCCGACUACACCGUAUUCGGGGAGAUCGUGACCGGAAGUAAAAUUCUGGUUGCUGAAUAUCCUUCAAAGCCUGGAUUUAGCAGUUGAUGAGCACUGGGCUGGGCUGGACGCUCGGACGCUCGGACGCUCCGAGUCGGACGCCGCGGCGCGGACGCGCGGACGCGUGCGCGUCCGCGCACUUGGGUGCUAUAUAAACCCCAAAGACGCCUCUUCAUAAUUUGAAAUUAUCUCAAUUUUUUUGGGGGUCCUAUGCAACUACGUGACCAGGUUGUUAGAGUGGCUAUAAAAUAAUAGUACGAGCCCCAGGUCAGGGGCCGUGCAAAUCAACGAGCCCGACCCGGACCCCAAGAGAGGUACAGGGACCGCUCCGUGCCAUUGGCAGACAUUGCGGGCUGGCUGGUAUUAUGGACUGCUGGCAUACAUGUGGUCCAGCGCAGCCAAAGCAGCAGUUCACAACAAGGCUGCCCUAAAGCUCCUGAGGGAACGAUGUUGAGCAUCAGGUGUGUAGAUUCAGCCGUUUCGCAGGGCUCUAGCUAGCCCUAUACCUGGCCCAGCGCAGCGCCUGCAUAAGAUUAAUUAACGACAGCCCGCCACUAUAGCCAUUCAAGCACAAGCAGAGCAACCUCACGAUUCCCUGGGACACGACCCAUUACUAGACAUUGACCAGAAGGUUUGCCAGCGAACCCAGCUGGGCCGGCGGUGCAACGCGUACUGGCAGCCCCGUUAUGCAAUUCGUGUGGAUAGUAGCGCAGUCCAUAGACCCAAUGAUUAUAGGCACGGAGCCAUGAUAGUUGCACGCGUAAUAUAUAUCGCAACCAAGCAUCAGUAAGCCCCCCAGCUAGCGCGGCGGACGCCGCGCCCUACUAUUGAUGACGUUUGCGAGCCCACAAACGCUGUGGAGCCUCUAUAAUGCCCAAGAAGCGAAAGCACGAUGCCUUAGCAUUGCCAGAUCGCGCGCUCACCGCGACGGGACGCUUGAACCCAGGUAUCGCAGUCUCCAAUAUGGUCAGGUCUUAAACUGCAUAUGUCAAUAUGGAAAGCGCUUACGUAGCAUAUGUCAAUAUGCAGAACUUCUCAAAUUGACAUUUGCUAGAUAAGGUUUCUUAUAUUGACAUUAAUUCUUUAAGUCAUGUCUAUAUUGAUUGGUUUUAAAGACUUGUUAUAUUGACUAUUCCCUUACAGAAUCCUCCCUUUCUUACCAACUAUUUAAACACAGUACGGCGUUGUGGUGAGUUGUCGGAACCGGGAAAGCGUUGACUCGGCACGAGUUAUAAAAGAAGGUUCAGCUAGGAUGCACUGGCAAAUGGCGGGUCCGGCCGUCGUGCCGUCCAAGCCGCCGUCCCGCGAGCAUCGCCGGGCGUCCUGGCGUCCUGGCCGCCCCCGCCGUCGCGUUACCUACUCAUCUCACCCGUGUGUUUGAAUCGCUCGGAGGGGAUCCGGGGUUAAUAGCCCGCCGUCAAUAACCCGACGGGUUUUCGACUAAACCCGUUUAGUGAGAUUAGCGAAAGACCCCUCAGGACGAGCGGAUGGGCGCAAGCAGCCCGUUGGGCUUUUGGAUACGUACAGGUGCGCCAAGGCAAGUACCAAGUCAUGUGGCCCGGCGCGGCCCAGGCGCCAGUUGCAGAAAAUAAGUAGGGUGCGGUGGUAUACCGACCCUCUGCAACGGUGUGAGUGAGUUUGGCGUAAGUGACUCCCCGUGUAAUACUAGCACUAAGAAUGAAUGUGGUGUAAACCUUCAUUACGUCAAGGUGGGACUAAGUAGGAGAGUAAGAGGGGCCUAGUGCCAGUGUAGUACUAGCCUGAGGGGAUAUAUUCUUCGCACUCCCCCUGAACCUUGAUAUGGUUUGGUUUUUCUUUUUCUUUCAGUUUAUAGAGUAGAGCUUCUGUGUCUACUCUAUAUUGUGAACCACAAGCAAACAGUGCUUGUGUAGUUCUCGGUCGGUGUGUCUAAAGUAAUUCGCGGACAUGAUGAUAUUUACCAAAAUGCACAUUUCAAUGAAACGAACGAAAAGGAUAGGGGACAAUUUUCACCCCAUAUUCUCCUAAGGGAAACAAGAGCUUACCCUCAUGAAAAGGGGGAGUGCGAUAAAUAGGGCGAAAUACCCCCCCUAUCCUAUACCCUUCCUAUACACUUACAUCACCCUUCAACACGCAACGCGUAAUAAACACAGUUAAAACCAAAACUACUUAGUGUAUUUAAGGUAGCUCCGCGGCAGACUAUCUCAGCCGCCGUACUCCCAAAGGUGCGUACUCCUUUGGUCUUGCAUAUUCGCAGUUAAAAGAGAGAGUGAGAGCUAAGAGAAUGGUGUUUUUUUUGCGGGGGCCGCCGUCGGCGAGCUGAGGAGGUCCCGCUGGGGGAGUUGGACGUGGACCCAACAGACUCGGAGGAGCCAGUGGCCAACGUUGCGGGCGCGGGAAGUUCAUGAUUCCGCACAUGCUUCGCCUAGGUGGGUGCGGGCCCGGGGCCACUCUGAACCUAGCUGAAGCACACUUUGAGGCACUGCAGAACCUAUUGUCACGGCGCCGCUGCUGAAACUUGGAGCUUGAUCCAGGCUGGGCCGAGGUGGUUCGGGCGUGAUUUACCCUCGAAAAUUCUGGCGAGAUCCAAGAUGGCACAGUCAGCCAAACUCCUCACGAGUUCACUUGGAAACUGAGCAGCGAGGUCCGCAUACCUCAGCGGUGGCUUGACGUUGGCCUCUAUGAGCCAAGCACGCGCCCUAUGGUCAACAAUGAAGUCAAAACCGACAAAUGCAAGUGUGCCGUAAGGAAGGUCGUACCAGAUGGCGUCGUGAACGAGCCCGACAACCGCUGCGAUGUCUGGUUUCGUUCGUGUGUCAAACGUAUUUCCCUCAAGAGCGUCUCGAACAGUCGCCUCUGAUGCAAUAUUUGAGGUAUAGAACCGACCAAAAGCGUCUAGAUCCCUUUGAACUUUCCUAUUCAUAAGCCCUGAAACUGCGGUCUUUGCACGGUGGCAUUCAAACAGCCAACAGUCCGUCCUUCGAAGCAAAGCCCACACGCGAAGCUCAAAUAUCGAUGGGCCAAUCGGGAGUAUUGCUGGAUCCACGGCACGCUGGAUUACAACUGCGUGACAAGCAACCAUGAGCACUUUGGCGAAUAUGCGUGCCGCUUCAACAUUGCCCGCUGGAAAUGUGCCAGUGCCCCCGCUGGUACGCGGGUGUUUCACGAAAAAGUGGGUUGUGGUAGGCAGCGUAUAACUGAUUAUAGAUUCCGCUCUCCAUGCUGUUACGGCUCCAUUGCUCCGAAGGAUCCAUGUCUCAGGCCAUCUUCGUCUUAUGUUGCUCCUCAACGCUAACUGCUCCAGCCGUUCAAACAGAUGUGCCUUACAUGUUAACGGGGGGCAUAUUGCCAGCCAGACCCACUGGUGUACUCGCGGGGCGGCAGGGGGGGGGCGUUCUGUUGCUAGAACCACAGUCGCCUCACAAAAAUGAUGUGUAUGUUUCCAGCCACGCUUGCGCAACUGUAGCGCUAUUGCGUGCCGGUGAUUGUUGCAGAGGAAUAUUCGUGAGCUUCUUCGCUCAUCCUUUCCUUCGCUAUGAGUGCAUUCGGUCGAUAGACAGGGCAUCUUCUUGUAGUACUAGCCUGCACAGCAGGUACCUAUCCGCUGUAGAGAGAGAAACCUACUAGCCCAUCCUACCCUAGAUAUGUAUCUCCCACUCUCUAAAUUUGAGUCUAUACAUUGAGUGUGUAUCGACGCUACGGUGUAAACCAAUUUGCUAAAAAACACUCUCGUAGUUAGGUUGGCCCAGCCUCUGGCUGGUGAGCUAGGACCCUGCUACCUUACAUAACGCUGCGACAUACUCUUGCUACGCUGAUACCUACGGUACCGCAGUACGGUACCUACGGUACCUACGGUACCAGCAAGUACCGUAGGUACCGUGGUACCGGUACCUACGGUGGAGGGCAGAUUUUACAACUGGACUGUCAUAAGAACUCGGCAAGGCCGUCAAUUUAAUAUGCCAGAUGAAAGUGUUAAGGUAGUUGUACGCGUACGACCGUUGUCGCGUAAGGAACAGCAAGAUGGGCACCUUGCGACGACCGUGGCUGACGAAGAUCAAGGCACAAUAACCUGCAAUAACCCUAAAUCUGAUAUCGCAGAUCCACCAAAAGUCUUUACUUUUGACGCCGUCUUUGCUUCCGGCUGCAACCAGAAAUCUAUUUAUGAUAAAUGUGGAGCUACGGUAGUGGAAGCGGUACUUGAUGGUUACAAUGGAACAGUCUUUGCCUAUGGUCAGACAGGUGCAGGUAAGACCUUUACCAUGGAAGGUUUAUCAGAACCCCCCGAGUUGCGUGGCAUUAUCCCAAAUGCAUUUCAACAUAUCUUCGACAAGGUGGCGCUCGCCGCGGAGCAACAGCACUUUCUAGUGCGCGCAUCAUACCUCGAGAUUUACAACGAAGAGAUACGCGACUUGUUGUAUUUAUCACGUGUCGGCUACUAAUCUUUAAAAUAGUUUAUUUUAUUCUAAAAUGGUUGUGUGUAAUAGCGUCAAAAACACAGGUCCAAGGAACCAAAAAAUAGAUUGGAUCUCAAAGAAAAUGUGGACUCGGGUGUAUACGUCAAAGAUCUGACCUCUUUUGUGGUCAGGUCGUCUCAUGAAAUUGAUCAAGUUAUGCAGGCAGGUAAAAAAAAUAGAUCCGUUGGGGAGACGCUAAUGAAUGCUGGUUCGUCCCGGUCUCAUGCCAUAUUUACAAUCAUUGUGGAAUGCGCAGAAGUAGAUGAGAAGCGUGGUGAGCACAUUCGCGUAGGAAAAUUAAAUCUCGUGGAUUUGGCCGGGUCAGAACGGCAGUCAAAGACAGGAGCAACUGGCCAUCGACUCAAAGAAGCCACAAAAAUUAAUCUCUCACUGUCUGCACUUGGAAAUGUGAUAUCUGCUCUUGUUGAUGGCAAGUCACAACAUAUCCCAUACCGCGACUCUAAACUUACUCGAUUACUUCAAGAUUCUUUGGGCGGAAAUACAAAAACAGUGAUGUGCGCCAAUUGUGGCCCAGCAGGCUAUAAUUUUGAGGAGACCAUUUCGACUUUACGAUAUGCCAAUCGAGCCAAAAACAUCAAGAAUAAGCCAAAGAUUAACGAGGAUCCCAAGGACGCUAUGCUCCGUGAAUUCCAGGACGAGAUAAAGCGGCUCAAAAACCAGUUAGCUAACCAAGGCAACAGAAAUCACAGGGCUACUAUGAAUGAGUUCAUGCUGGAAGAAAAAGUCGUGGAGAAAAUAGUUGAAGUGGAAAGAAUUGUUGAGGUGCCGGGCGCAGCGACGGAGGAAGAGCUGGCUGAGCUUAAAGCAACAGUGGAUAAGGAAGCAGAACAAAUGCGUCUCCGAGCUGAGGCUGAGAUGAAAGAAGUCAUCGACUCCCAGACGCGCACGACCAAAGAGCAUGAGAAGCUACGUCAAAAACUCGAUGCAGAAGCAGGUCGCGCUGCGCACUCUGAGAAGCAGCGCAUUCUGUUGGAGAGGAAAUUACGAUCCAUGCAAGAAAAACUGAUGCAGGGGGGUAGACUGUUGGAUAAGGCAGCCAAACAGGAAGCGAUGUUACGCCGCGCUCAGCUUGAACUUGAGGAACGUAAAGAACAAGAACAGGCCCUUGCACGCCAAGUCCGGGCGAAGGAAGAGGAUGUAUUUGCCCUGGAGGAAAAGUAUGCGAGUAAGCAGGAUGAAGCAGAUGAUAAGACCAGGAAACUAAAAAAACUUUGGCAGAGGCUUCAGUCGUGCCAAGCAGAAGCUCAUGACGUGCAGGAGGAGUUCCAGCGUGAACGAGAGGACAUGCUCGACACGAUUCGUGAGCUUUCAAAACAACUUAAGCUAAAAGAGUUUCUAAUGAAAAAUUUUAUACCCAUUGGGGAGGAGCGGAAAUUUGAAGUCCGUGCCACUUGGAAUAACGAAGAGGAACUGUGGGACCUUGCGUGCCCCGCAUUUUCUCAUAGCCAACACCACUUUAAAGGGCACUGUUCUUGGUGUUCGGCCGGUGUGAUAGACCUAAAUCGAGACUACACAGACGCAGACGAGCCCAGCAGCCAUAUACCAAAUCCUUAUCACAAUUAUGAUAAAAGAGAUGGAAUUGCCAAAAAAGUAAGUUCAUCUAAGGUUUAAAACUGAAAUGAAUGAUAAACGCACUACUUUGUAUCUCCUGCAACAUGAAAUAUAUAUACUACUUAUGUCUUGGACGGUAUGCUGCAGUCUAUUACACUCGUGGCUCAUGUUGCAGUAUUUGAGCUGUCUGAACCGCCGGCGAAUAAUUGCAAGCUGGAGCUGGUGGUCUAGUGGUUUUAAAAGAAAACAUACGGCAACGGAAAUGAGCCGAGGUCGGCCGAGUGGCUAGGCGGUCCUGGCUAAGCAAAGCAAUAUUACUAGUACUACUCCUCCCCGGUACUACCGGCGUGACUCCUAAGGUGCAAUUUACGUGGGAAAAACGCGCAAACUACGCGUAAAGCACCGCUACAGGAGAUCCGAGUCCCACUGGCACGUAAAAAACGGCGUAAAAAAGGAGCCGAGCCAAUCGCUAGUUUUAUGCUGUUGCGAGGUGCGUACUCUAGGUGUGCGCUUGCGCCGUACUCUAGGUGGCCACCAAGGCCUCGUUUAGUCGCUCUGCUGCGUAUGUGCGGGUUUUACAAAUAAUUAAAAAGCCCGCGUAAAUUGCGCGUAAAACACGCGUAAAUUUACGCUGGACCGUUUCUCACGUAAAAAACGCCGCACGUAAAUUGCACUUACUGUAACUCCUCCUCCUCCUCCUCUACUACUACUUAGCGGGGACGCGACUCGGACACGAAACGCCACUGUAAUCGUGACCUCAGGUUGACUGGCGCAAUGUUCCAGCUUAUUUUGGGAGGAGCCCUGUCCGCAGCUAAGCGCACGAUUGACCACAAACUCACAAGGACAUCCUAGACGUAUAAUGUAUUCUAGUUAAAUAAAUAAUCGGACGUUGUUAGCUUAAUAGAAUCGUCGAGUCAUGCACCACCGAGCCUACACCGAGCCACCAAGAUUGAGUUUAGUUCUGGUCCUUGCAAUGAAAUUUUGAACAGCGUCGCGUAUGCUCAAUGAUGGAGAGGGAUAUCGGGAGACCAUAGCACACUGGGGCGGCACCAUUAAGGUUUCUUAGUUUUGUCUCUCUCCUAGCUGCGUUUAGAAUGUCAGGUAUCGGACAACUUGGGCUUUUAGCCAUUGACUGUAGCAGAUACAAAGUGAUACGAUCAAUAUCACGAUCUGUGACGUCCCACAGCAUAGCAACAACGAUCGGAGUCCCUCUAGCAAGCAGCUCGAGAGCCAUUCCCUUUGCUUCAAAAUCACCUACUCGCGAGAGAGCACCCGAGGAACAGCCCAUAAGCAGCACUGCAGACAUGAAAUUAGAUGCAACAGCAGACUCCAGGUAAGCGCCUCCAUAGCCGUGACCGCAAAAAAGAAAUGCAGCACAGUUCGGCAUCUUGGCGGUCAGCUGUGCUGCGACAUCACGGGGUGGCAUAUCACCGAGAGCAGCAUAUGACCACACAAGACCACUCGUGGCGUUUGUCUUAGUAUCGCCCAGAUAUUUUGCCAGCUUAUGACGGGUAGAGGGCAAGUUCGCCUGUGGAUCGACAACGCAGCAGGCACGCAUAGGAAUAUCAUUAUUGAUGGUAUCCGAGACACUUAGAUUCAUCCCUGUUGCAAGUGAUAAUGCAAAUGCGAGGGAAGGCACGCGUGAUAUUGGUGCAGAACGUGGGACAGACAGAGCUUCGAAAGGCAAAAAUUGGAGCUGCUUGUCCAGUGCUAAAAUCAUAGGUUGGCGAGCUUUCGCUACCUUUCGGGGUUGCAUCACACAUUGUGAUGUAAUGGCCGCCUUUUGAAGCACACCAGCGAGCCGACCAAGCAGUGGCCUUUUUAGGCCCAAGUUGCUGAGCCUCAGGUCAUCCAAAGCGGCCUUGAGAUCCAAAAUCGUCAGCUUGUAGAGAAGAGUGAGCCACAGACGAAGCAACAUCUUCAUGAUGCAGGGGGAAGCGGUUCCUCUUAUGUCAACAACCCCAAACCUACUGGCACAGAGAAGCGUGUUGGCUUCCAGUAGAGUUAUAUUGGGUGCAGCCCAGAAGCAUAGCUGCAUGAUCUGGUAUUCAACACUAAUCGGAACUUCGGCACUUUGCUUAGGACGGAGUAUGGACGCAGGCUUCGUUGCAAAAAGCGCACGCAUUGCACCAAGCCAAGACUUGUCAAAGCCAACAAGCCCAGCAUGUAGGACUGAAUCGAGAGAGUGCCGUUGGCACCACCAGAUUCUGCGCGCAGCAGUAUGAUUGCUCCUGCUGGUAAAAAGCAGCUUCGAACGUUGAGGCAGCAAGGACGCAUCUGCGCGAAGACCAGCAGCAGAGGCCUUCAGAGCCUUAGCAGAAGUUCCAAGGGGAGAAGUCGAAGUAUCUGAAUCGUACCAGCUUUCUGGGAGGCCUGAGCAUAGUGUGAUUGGUUGUUGACCACGCUGAAGCCGUGAAAUCACAAGGUGCCCUGUUGGCGAUAUGAAACCUGCAACAAGGGAAAACGUUUUAGGAAACGGCGCCAGCAGCCGAUCGAGAACAUUCCGAUCAUGUGUUUCAAGAGUGUCGCACCAGCCUAGAGCUCCUGCAUUUGGAACUUCAAGUAAGCCCAUGAGGAGAUCAUCUACUCCUGCCAUUGCUCGGCUCAAGAGGCUAUUUGAGUCGUUAGAAGUAGCAAACGCAUGGCGUGCACGUCCCAAUGACGAGUGUGCGAGAAGCGCCACAAGUGGGGACGAAACCGCACCUGGGACAAAGUGAAGUGCAGCCACAGUGAGGGCGCGAGCACUCUUUGCCGCAAGUUUCCACUCGCAUUUUCGCCGGGCAUAACUAAAGGCAUGACGAAGCAAAUCCAGGACUUCCGAUGCAGCAGCAGUGUUGCUAGAUGCCACAUUGAAAAGUUGUCGAGCCAGGCGGUAUCUAAGCCAGGAACUUCUUAGCAUGAUGGAUGAUGACUGAAUGCGCAGUGACUCGCGAUAAGUGGCCACUGCCCGAGACCUGCGACAUCCAAUGUCGAUAAGACGGGCGCCGCUGCUUAUAAGAAGCUGACAAUGCCGCAAUAAGCCAGCGUGACUUUGUUUGCCACUGAUGGCAUCGACCUGCCAAGGUGACGAUUCAGUGAGGCAUUCGUCUAUGACUUUGAGGACUUUACUUGCUGACUUGUAGCACCUACCUGCAAUUUCCAGUUUACCUAUGCGCCUAAGUAGAUCGCCCUCAUUAAGAACCUGCUCAAGACAUCGGAUAUUCUCAGGAAAGUCGAUGCUAUUAUCAUGACUAGCAAGGUCUAGAACCAAUGCUGCAUCACCCCAAUCCUGCAAGGAGAUAGCAAGACACAAUUCAAGCCCUCUUGCCGCCUGCCUUAAUUUGUGACAUUGCUUGAUACUAGCUGCACGCUGUACAUAUUUGGAUGCACGUGCACUGCAUCCCCGAACAAGCCAGAGCCGUGCAAGAUGAAGCCAGAGUACACCCUGGAUCAUUGCCUUCGACUGUGCAGAAUCUCGAAUGGCAUAUAAAUUGCGUUCACACCAGCAAGGUGGGAACCUCGAAAGUAUCUCGAGAGAACCAAGAGCAUUUGUGGCGCCCGAAAUAUUUGCAAGAUGCAUUUGUGUAGCGAACAUUUCAAGCCCAAUUUCUGCAGCUGCUCGCCGUUGCAUAUGGAUAAGUGCUUCGUCCAACGCAAUAGCUAGGUGUGCUUCAGCUACGUUGCCACUCGGCUUGCCUUGCACACGAAGUAAAUGAUGCCGGUCAUCGAAGUAAGGCGGGGUUCCAACCUCACAGCAACAUAGAUUUUCAAAUGGUGCUACAACAGAGUCCCCACCGACAGUGACUAACAUCGAAGAAGACGGCCCUAUUGAUCCACUACGAAGAGCCGCAAUCGCAGACGACGCGAUAAUUGCACUGUGCAGCUGUGGUACUAGCCUCGCCAGUGCACCACAUGAACGAAUCUCACAAAUGACGUUUUCGACAGAUGCAAAUGCAUCCCGCAACAAUGCUGUCGCUAACGCCAGAUGUUCUACGUGUACUGAAUGUAGAUCGUGCAGCCCCUCAAGGCCUGAAAGCGCAGAUGCUUCGUGGGUCACAUCUCUGUAAUGAUUAUUUGCAUUCGACUCGCAGCCUAUUGCUAAUGCUAGGGAGCAACACGCAAUGGAAUCAGUAGCUGAAUUAGAACCUGGUGACCCCAUGCAAUAAUUUGCAAGUACGGCACCAGCAGUAUAAGAACCUCGGCGCACAAGCGCGAUACUCGCGCGAGACAAUGUUAGCGCAGCUCUAGCUACAUCACAUGUUGCCAGCUCCUCGGCCGCAGUGAUAAAUGUUGAGAUGCUACUUUGUCUUUCGCAGAUCCCGAGUCUUUUUCUAAGUACAUCCUUGACAUGCAUCAAACCUGAAGAUUGGAGUAAGUCGAGGAGGGAUGGAGGUAACAUAGUGUUAACUACAGCCCGCGAAUAGCAUGUGACAGCAUCAAAAAUCGAGGCCUCGUCAAUGCAGUAGCAGGUCGACCACGCAGCAGCCGCAGCAGCAUCAAAGUCUCGCUUAAGCCGGUCCAGACAAUUUGCAAUCCCAAUCCAUGGCACGGCGCUGCCACUUGUCCGCAGACUAGCACGUUUUAGAAGUGCAGCAGCCACGCCAAACGUACGAGUAUCUGUUGCUCUGCGAAGAACUACGAGGCCAGUUGCUGCAUAGCCCAUCGCAGCUCGCUGAGCUGACGACAUGCCCUCAGCAGACUUGGAAUGUGUGGCUACUUUGUCGAGCGCACUACGCUUGGCAGCAAAACUGGCUGCAAGCCAACAUGCAUCUGCACGCUGGUUGCAUGCACUACUUUCCUUCAUAUACUUCCCCCAUUCAUGGCGCGCCAGAGUAAGAAGAACUGUCUCAUAAUGUGAGUAGCCACAUGCUUUUGAAUCAGAGUAAUGUCCAAAUGCGGUUGGCGCAUUAGAAAGUGCUAUCCAUGCACGCCGCCACACAGAAGAAAUAUAUUGGUCUGUCUUACUUAUCUCCAGGGCACAAUUAAAACACCUGUUAGCCUCGGCAAGUGCUAUUGUUGGCUUUCUUUGCUUUCCAAGAUCUGAACAGUAAAGAACUCCGUGAAACAAUGGCCAGUCCCCUAGCUGUGCCCGACCCCUAGCUCGGACGCGCGCCGCUCCAAGCUUAUCGCCAGAUGCGUCUAAAGUUAUCGCGCGUCGCGUGCACCACUCAAACAUGAUGUGUGGCGUGGCCCUCCACGGAUCAAGCUGUCCGUCAAGAGACGAAAACCACUGCACACGAGCAACAACAGAAGCAGGAGCCAUCUUUUUGUGUGUCGAAAGGCCAUGUAGGGCUUCACUCGUGACAAUAUCCACAGCUUCAGGUGCUACGGCGACAAGUACUUCUAAUGCUGUGCGUCUACAGGUCCAUGCUAUGUCUGCCAAUUCUGGAGAUGCCGCCUCAAGUGCAAAAGCACCUUUCCAAAGUGUCGCUCGUAGUUUGUCUGCAUACUCUCGCGGAGAUAUUGACUGCACCCUGCAUUGCUCCUCUGUGGACAUCACAUAGAGUAAUGUGGUAAUAGCCCUGGCACUCCACGCACCUUUAGCAGCCAGUGCUUUUGCCCCCUUUAAGCUUGGGGUGGUGACGAUACUGUUAAGUUGCAGCCGUGCAGCAUUCACGCUAGCUCCCGCUCCGAGUGCUACUGCAGUGAAAGACCACGCAUCUGCUCGUCGUUCUAGUCGUUCUUUAAGAACAUCCGCCAAUAGCAACGCGUGGAUAUUCGUGACCUUGUUUUCCACUGCGCGACUGAUGGCUUGGUAGAGCCACUUAUCACACGAUGAAUCGUCUCCAGGGUAAGCCGCAAGAUCAUUGAGAGCUACAACUGCAUCCUCGAAAGCUCUACGGCUGGCAUGCUGCUUCAACCCAAGCUGCGUGCGUAAUACUAGUGACCUCACCUCUCCACCGCCCUCUAGUUCUACCCUAUUGCAGCGUGCAUUCGCACUUGCCUCCCGGCGCGGCAUGGGACCGUAAUACACCGUAGGUACCGUAGGUACCAUUAUCAAAGAAGUAAAAUCGACUCUUAAACUGGUUUCUCAGGGCACUCCUCUAUCAACGACCGACGACGAGCUACGCCCAAGGGCGCCUAGCGCGGCGGUGGAUGCGGCCUCUCCUCCUAAGCUUGAGAUACGAGCUUGUACUGGAGCACUUGGACUGGAGCACUUGCAUUUGAAAUUGGAAUUGCAAGUUAGUAGUCAGUCACUUAGUCACUUUAAUCGCUAGCGCUAGGCGGCCCACCCGUGGAACGAGCGUUGUACUUUCUUCUGUACAUUGUAGCCCUACCGCAGUAUAAUAUUAUAUCGAAAUUAACGCACUCAAACAUGGCUAAUUCAGCUUACACACACACAACUUCUCCUAAGCCCUUGUUGUCAAAGAUGAAAAAAACGACGUACAGAGCAGAGGACGAAGAAAACAUAAUAACAAACAACAUAAUGUUUGAUCGACGUGUUGUACGCGGCAAUACGUACGCCGCCCAGGUUGUAACUCACAACACGCAGCGGGAAGUUGAGCGUAUGAGAUAUGAAAGCGAGCGGACGCUACGGAGGGACGCAACAUGCCAACGCAAGGAGCGGCUAGCUAAGCCAAGCACCCCUCCGCCCGCAGAAGGGAGAGCUCACAUCAAAGCUCAAACAGACACUUUCCUCGAAGAACUGUCUGAUCGCCCGGUGGAGAGUGAGGCUGUGACGCAAACUGAGGCUAUUUUGGACCGACCUCCAUCGCCUUUGUUCAUCCCAUCAAAGACUGGAGUUGACAAAGAAACGGAUAUACCUGGCGGUGACCUUUUUGAUUUUGACAUUGAGGUAAAGCCAAUACUCGAGGUAUUAGUUGGUAAGACCCUGCGCGUUUCAAUGAUGGAGGUAAUGGAAGAGGCCGAGCUUGAUGCUAUUCAGCGCCGCCAGAUGGAAUUUGAACAAAUGCGGAAUGCUGAGCUUGUUGAGGUCCAGCGCCUUGAUGCAGAAGCCUCGAGGCGUUUCGCAGAAAAGCAGCGGCGUUUCACUCAGGAGACGGACCGGCUUCGUCAGCAGGCAGAGCUUGGGCAAAAGGUUGCAGCCCGUGCAUUUGCCAGGAGCUAUCUUGCGAAUCUUUCCGAGCUUGCCUUCGACCAGCUUGAAGACUCAGGCCACUUUGUUGAUCCUGUUGAGAAGGAGAUUCAGGAUAGCUUCAUCCCAUGGUUAUUCGAUAGUGUAGUUGAGACCACCAAUAAUCAUAUCAGCUCAAGUAGCUGCGUUGAUGCUCUCAUUGUCGACGCAAUUGAACUAGCCAGCAACCUACAGAGCGAUGUCAUUAAGCAAAUAAAACAAAAAGAACGUGCUCGGGUCUUUGCCGUCGAGGAUGCACAAGAAAUAAAAGAGGCUGAGGGGACGGCAAAAUGAUGCCCUUUGCACGCAGCCCUAACCAUACAGUAGCUGGAAACAGCGACGUGGUAUAGUAGCUCGCUGGUGGUCUGUGACUUUACUGGAAGUACACUGGCAAUAAAAGAGGGCAAUGAAUAUGACCUAGAAUUGGAAUCAUCGGCAACUUGCCUCCAAUUUGUCCCCAAGAGAGCAUCGGGCGAACAACCCGGUCAGGUUUAAUACCCUCAGGCUAAUAAACUCGAUACUAGAUGGUGUUGCCAAAAAAUACUAGUACAUUGCGCGACUCAAUUGCGGCACGAAACGCCACCGCGACUUACGCGUUCACCGGCCACCACUAAAUGACUCAAUAAAAGACGAAAUCGAGAUGAGAGGACACAUCACAAAACGAGGUCCCCAGGGUCCCAAGGGCUACCUAGGCGAGCUCGAGAGAGACAGGGACUGCGUGUUGCCCCAGAGCGUAAUCGCUCUUAAGAACACUCAUCCCCCUGACUGAACUUGAAUGCUUCCAAUAAACGACAGUUAUUAGUAGUAUGUCAGUUACGAUGUCCACACACGGACUAAUUUGAGAUUCGAGUUCCCAGCCACUGGCACUUGUGUUCCGGCAAUUUCGGAUACGGGCCCCAAAGAGUCCCUUUGUACGCCCCGAGACAGGGCUGGGGGAAAGGGGUCACUUUCGCGUGCCCAAAUGGGCCUAACGUGCGGACUUAGCCUAACUUGCGGGUUUUCAGGAUGAAAAUAAAACCUCGCUUCCAUGCUGGUAAUUUGGUCUCCCAGGGGGCCUCGGUACCUAUGGCGUGGGGAAGAUACGUAGGCGCGGCCGGGUACCCGAUGGGCUGCCAGAUAGGUCGCCUGACGUGGCACGAAACGCCACCAUGACUCCGAUUCAGGCUGGCGACGUUCGCAGGCCACUAAAGUCGUUUCGCCCGCCCGUUUCGGUCACGUCCCAGAGGGGUACCUAGGCCCCCCUGGCUCGACUUGCCGGAACACCGGACGCCUAGGUAUAGAGCUUCGUAUCAUUUGGGUUCGGGGGUCACCCCCCUUAACAACACUGGCCGUGGCAAGGUACAAAUCCCAAAGAGGUGUAGUAGAAAACCGCCAUCAAGGGCCUUUCUUUAAGUCUUCCUUAAUUUACUAUUAUUUCAAUUCAAGUUUUUUGCCAGUGUUUUUAUCUGGUAGCGACUCGGACCGAGAAAUGGCCAAACAGAGCUAUAUGAACACCAUCAAGAGAAAUGAAGGUGUGAACUACUCCGAGUCCACGGUUAGCUGCCCUCGGACCUUUUUUUUGCCCGGCCGGGGGCUGCUCCGCGAGGUUUAAACCCCGUCGAUUUUAGUGCUAUCCGAGCGCAGGGUAAAAAACCCGACGUGGGAAGCGUCCGUUGCAGAUUGAAAACGUAUGUCCGAGAAUCAUAAGGUCAUCUGGGCUGCCACGAUUUAUCCCUCUAAUAACGUAGGUACCGUAACAUAAGGCUUCAGCAAAGCUGCGUCGCCAACUCAAUACUGCUGGAAGCAGGCCGUGGGCCGAGCUCGCGCAAUCGAUCAUCCUCGCCAGCGAGUUGGCGCCACGCGGAAAGCAAUAUGUACUACGGCGGUACGUAUGGAGGCAACAAUUCCAUGUACGGCACCAGGGGCGCUUACGGCGGCCAAGGAGGAGGGCUUGGCGCGGGCCUGCGGCACAUCGAGUGGGACUUAUCGCAGUUGCCCGUUUUCGAGAAGAACUUCUACAUUGAGCACCCGGAGGUAUCAAAGCGGUCGGCUGCUGAAGCCGAGGCAUGGCGCGGGAAAAAGCAGGUCUCAAUCGAGGGUCGGGGCGUGCCUAAGCCCGUCUACACGUUUGAGGAGGCGUCGAUGCCAGACUACGUACUCUCUGAAGUGAUCAAGCAGGGAUUCAAGGAGCCGUCUCCACAGUGUCCAAGCAGUCCAAGGUACCUUCAAAUAUAGUUGAGCUGCUCUACGUAGAGAGUCGCGUCGAUGGCGUAGGCGCUGUCCCCAAGAGACGGCGAACGAUCUCCACCUCAUCGCUGCAUUGAGAAGACAACACCCAGGCUAAUUUGAACCAUUUGAUUGACACUCAGGUCUCCAAUCCAGGCACAGGGCUGGCCCAUGGCGCUACUCGGACGCGACAUGAUUGGCAUCAGUCGGACAGGCUCUGGCAAAACUCUCGCAUUCUUACUACCAGGCAUGAUCCACAUAAACGCGCAGCCAUACCUCCAACCAGGUGACGGCCCCAUAGUUCUCGUACUUGCACCGACUCGCGAACUCGCCGUGCAGAUCAAGGUCGAAUGUGACAAGUUUGGCGCGUCAUCGCAGAUAAAGAACACUUGUGUCUACGGCGGCGCACCAAAACGCCACCAGACGGGUGACCUCCAGCGCGGCGUUGAGAUCGUAAUUGCGACGCCGGGCCGCCUGAUCGACUUCUUGGAAUCAGGUGUGACAAACCUGCGUCGUGUGACAUACCUCGUGCUCGACGAGGCUGAUCGAAUGCUCGACAUGGGCUUUGAGCCGCAGCUCCGGAAGAUCGUCUCGCAGAUCCGCCCUGACCGCCAGACGCUCAUGUGGUCGGCGACGUGGCCGCGCGAGGUGCGCAACAUGGCCAACGACUUUCUCAAGGACUACUACCAGGUCACUGUUGGGUCGCUGGAACUGGCGGCUAACAAGGACAUCGCACAGCAUGUUGAGGUCGUCUCGGACCAGGACAAGUACCCCCGCAUGACCGCGUUCCUCAAGGAGCACGGUGUCGAGAAGAUGCUGGUAUUCGUUGAGACGAAGCGUGGCUGCGACCAACUCACAAGAUCGUUACAGCACGCGGGCUUUCCAGCAAGGUGCAUCCAUGGGGAUAAGUCACAGGAUGAGCGCGACUGGGUCCUCGGUCAGUUCCGCAUGGGCCAGUGCUCGUUACUUGUCGCCACAGACGUCGCUGCGCGAGGCUUGGACAUCAAAGAUAUCAAAAUGGUCGUCAAUUACGACUUUCCCUCUAAUCUAGAGGACUACGUUCACCGCAUUGGCCGCUGUGGUCGUGCAGGCAACAAGGGCACUGCUCUUUCCUUCUUCACUAUGAAGUCCGGCAAGUGGGCUACGGGCCUCUGCAAAAUUCUUACCGAUGCUGGACAGCCUGUGCCUCCAGCCCUCCAACAACAGUGUGGGACAGUAAACAGUUACGGCGGCGGCGGCCGCUACAGUCGCCCUGGCGGUGGCAAAAGUCGCUACUAG